AUGUCUUCCAAUGAGGCGAAGGGGAAGUUCAAGAUCGGUGUUAGCAAGAAACACCCAACCGAGGACCGGAGCGAACAACACCAUAAAUGUUAUCCCAACGCCGAAGUGAUCAGAUGUGUAGCAAUGCCUGAAUAUGCCUACCUGGUGGAGCAACUCCUGUUGGCGCAAUUCAAAGAACACCAUUUCCAGCUUCUGAACCCAUGCUGGGUGCCCGAUCAUGGUCGGCACAGAGAAUGGCUAGAGGUUGAACAGGACAUCCUUUUUGAACGAAUCUCUGAAUGGGAAAAAUUCUUCAUUACUCGAACUCAUGGAAUCAAGCCUUACAAAAAUGGUCGCUUCAACCGUGAUGCAGAAAAGCAUAGUCCUCAUCGAAACAUGCCUGAGGGAACUACGCAAGAAACCCCCACGAAAAAUAGUCGCACAUCGAUGUCACGCACUCCAACUCCAUGCAAUGGCAGCUUUAAUCCCCAUUCGACAACAGUUGAGGUGGGAAACAACGGUGGAUCUUCGCCGAUGAUACCUGCAGAUUCCACCCCUACGAAGAGUGGCAACGGCUCAUCCUCAUCAUCAUCACACUCCUCACUUCUUCUGAAUGAUGAUCCAAUUCCGUUUUCGAUAACAGGUGGAAAUAAGGGGAAGGUCAGCGGGAAGUCACCCGAGCCUAAAAAGAUUCCCACCCCUUUAAACACUCGUCGCCGUUCAUCGCGAGGCUUCCGAGCUCUUUCAGAUGAUCGUCCAGUUCCAUCGUCUGAAAAGAUCGAGGACAAGGAGAGAAUCAUUGGCCAGUCACCCGAGAUAUCUGAAGAUUCCACUCCCAUGAAGCCUAAUCGCCGUUCACCGCCACGCGCGAGUCUAACUUCGCUUGAUGAGAUUCCUAAAACGCGUGGGAAGGCUAAUGACAAGAUACCUCUGGACUUGUCUAUGAGCAACCUAGAAAUUGAAGCCAGCAAGCGAAGGGCUAGUGUGAGAUAA